AUGACCAAUAUGGCUGACUCCAUAUGCUCAGACUCCCCAAUCCCCGAGCCCUGCGCUUUGUGGAUGGCCUCCUCCGAAGUGGAUCAGAAGGCCCUGGGCAAUUUCGCUGCCGUCAUGGGCCUCGAAAACCCCCUGCUCUCAGCAAUGCUAUACAAAGUCCUUGGCGUCUCUGUCAUGUUAUCAAAAAAGCUUCUUCGAGCUCGAAAGCUGCGACGACUUGACACAACACGCGAAACAAGAUCCCUCCAGCUGUACCAUCACAUAAUAUGGCUCUCUCGCGAAGGCCUACUAAUACUGGAGGGCUACAUCCUCCCCAUGGUAGACAGGUUUGUCGAGCUCAAAGUGCUCGCCUACAAGCUCCGCGCUUCCUUCUACCAUAUCUUCGUCUUAUUCCACAAUCGCCCGAUCUUCACUCCAGAAACCGACAUGCCAACUCGCUUCAAACAUGACUCUAUAUACGGCGCAGACACCCUAACCGCUCUCGGCGUCCCAGACUCCAAAUCCAAGAUAAAUACCGCAACACCGACAUCCAGACCCCCGGGUCUACCAGUAAUGCAACCAGUUCAGCCACCGCAGCCAGUUUCCACCUUCCUCCUCCCUCCACUGGACUACACAGCGACCGCAACAGCUUGCUUCAACCACGCAGCAGCCCUCUCCGACAAACUCCUCCCAGGCUCACACCCUCUCCGUCUGUCAGUCAAGCUCGAAUACGCAGCGUAUCUAUACGACUGCCUCCAAGACCCAAUCGCCUGUCGCCGUCUCGCAAAACAAGCCAUUGCAGACGUCUACAAUGCCCAAGAAGGCAUGGACGACGAGAGCUUUGAAGACGCUGCAGAGAUUGUCAGUGUGCUAGGUAAGAUGGUCAAACGUGGCGGGAAACCAGGCUCCAGCACCGGUACCCCUGGGAGCAGUGUCUCCCGCGCUGGUCGCUCACGCAGUCGCAGUAGUCUUGCACCUAGUCAUCUUGAUACUAGCGUGCCCACUACCGUCUCGCCUGUGCCUGUUACGAAGUCUACCCCUGCUUCCGAGCCCCAGGUGGGAGUAAGCCGACCGGCUGUUCCUGACGCUUCUAUGAUGAAUCCGAUUUAA